ACACCGGCUUCCUGAAGGACGGUUAGAAAGAAGAAUACUCACCUGUUAUUGUUUAUCCAGUCAUCCAGUUAUUUAUUCAUCUGAUUCAGUGAGUUGAACAACUAACCGCAUUAUCCUUGGACGUUGACUUCGACAUAAAUUGCUAGAUUACGUUUUGUUUUGGUGACACCGACAGACGCAGCCACAUCAUGUCAGGAUUAAAAUAUCACAUGUCACUGCCGGUGGCUGUGGGUGUCCUGGUGGUCGGCCUCCCAUACUCCAUCUCUCUUGUUGCCCAGUGGGCUUAUGGAUGGCCCAAUAAGCCUGGAUAUAAGAAGUACAUAGAAGCUCUAAAACCAAGGCGAAUAUACUGUUUGACCAUAGCUGUCCUGGAAAGUCUCAAAUAUCUGCAGUAUGGGAGACUUUACUUUCAGGGGAAGUCGUGGUACACGAAUGACAACAAUCAUAUGCAUUGUGAAAAAGCCAUUGUCUUUGGUCGUCGAGGCAACAAGCUGGACUUCUACCACCCACCAAACAAGCCUGAAGGUGCUCCUGCCCCGCUGGUAGUUUUCAUCUAUGGGGGUGCGUGGGGAUCAGGAGAAAGAGCCACAUACUGUCUGCUGGCCAGACAAAUGGCUGAAGAACUGAAUGCAGCUGUCAUUUGUCCAGAUUACUGCACCUAUCCAAAGGGGAAUGUUUUAGGAAUGGUACAAGAUAUCGCUGACUGCUUGGUCUGGGCCCAAGAGAGCGGACAGAAGUUCAACUUUGACAAAGACAGUGUCGUGUUAAUUGGCCACUCAGCAGGUGCACACCUGUGUGCUUUGACCACGCUGUUUCUCACCGACACAAGAGAGGAGCUGUUCAUUGAGGCCAAUAAACAACGGGAUGUUACAAUGGCGAUCAAAGGAGUUAUUGGUCUGAGUGGCGUGUACAACAUCAUGGACCACUAUGAGCAUGAGCAGAAGCGAGCAGUUGAAUACGUGUCCACUAUGCACAAAGCCAUGAAUGGAGAGGAAAACUUUCCAUACUACUCACCAUCACACUCACUAGAAACACUCAGCCAGGACAAACUUAACAGGGUGCCUCCGUUUGCUCUGCUCCAUGGGACCAGUGACACUGUCGUUCCCGUUGAAUCGUCCACAAAGUUCUCUGAACUCCUCACCUCGCUGUCAGUGAAGGUGUCACUUUACCUGCUGCCGAGAGUCAAUCACGUUGAGAUUGUGACUGACCUCAUGGCAUCAGACAGACGCUUCUACCAUCCCAUCUACAGCUGUGUCAAACAGGAGUACAGGAAACUGACGGGAACCUGCUGACGUCAGUCACCGUCAAAGACAUUUUAACUGCUCAUUCCUUACUAAUAUUAAAUGAUUGUGCCACUUAACAGUAUCUACUCUUAAUACCUCAUAAUGACUCGUUUUUAGCCUGGAUGUUUUUGGUUGUGAUCCCAUUAAAUGUGAACUGAAGAGA